UAUUGACACAUGCAUUGCGCGCAAAUGAUUGAUUGAGUGAUUGAUUCAGAAGGCAUAACGUCUCUGCGUAUUCUCCAGCAAAACCACUCGUGAUACGGUAGGUCAUCGAGGCAAACAGCCAAAUCAGUCUCAAGAACAAGAAGAUUGCCUGUAGUUUACGGCAUCUCUUGCUACCCACAUCAUUAAGCAAAAAACCCCUCCCCCUCACCGCCACUAUGGGGGACUCGGAAGACCUCAUCAACUUCGACGUCAUCGAGGGCCACAAGGAGAACAUCCAGUCCCUCCCCGGUGGCCGCUCCGCAAAGAAGCUCGCCGGUCUGUUUGCGCCCUCGCCGAUGGGUAAGAGCCAGCCGCCGACGCCCAACGACACAAACAACAUCCACGACUGCAUCCGCGCAGAAUACGAGGCCGAGCUCGCCAACGCCGCCGACCUCGACGACCCGCUCGAUGUCUACGAUCGAUAUGUCCGUUGGACGCUAGACGCAUACCCCUCGGCUCAAGCGACGGCCCAGUCGCAGCUGCAUGUGCUCCUCGAGCGCGCCACCAAGGCCUUUAUCGGCUCAUCACAGUACAAAAACGACCCCCGCUACUUGAAGCUGUGGCUCUACUACAUCAAAUUCUUCUCCGACGCGCCCCGCGAGACCUUCCUGUACGUGUCGCGCCACGGCAUCGGUGAGGGACUCGCCCUGUUUUACGAGGAGUAUGCUGCCUGGCUAGAGGGUGCAGGACGCUGGAACCAAGCAGAGGAGGUGUACAGGCUUGGCAUCGAGCGGGACGCCCGUCCUCAACAGCGCCUGGUGCGCAAGCUGGGAGAGUUUGAGCAGCGCCGCGCGCAACAGGCUGGCGACGAGGCUGACGCACCCUCCUCCCCUGCAUUGCCAACCAUGCGGCCCGCACUUGCCGCCAAGAUGGACCCGUUUGCCUCUUCGGCACCUACAGACCCUCAAGCAGCACAGAGGCAGGCCGCCACAGCAAGCAGCAGUCGGUCCAAGCCGGCCAAGUCCAAGCUGGCAAUCUUCUCAGAUGCCGACGCCGCACCAGCGUCCGCGCUGGGUUCGCGUGAGGCAGGACCCCAGGGAUGGGAUACCAUCGACUCGUUGGCUCACCGCAAGAAGGAGAACGUGAUGGAGCCCAAGUCAUGGGUAGGAGAGACGCUCAAGACGGGGUCGAGGAAGCCCAGCGGGCCCAAGAUGGCUGUGUUCAGGGAUACGUCGUUAUUGAUGAAAUCCCAUAUUCCAAUUGAUGCAUCUGAACAUCAAGUGACCGUGGACCCUCGAGCUGGCAAGAGGCAGCGCAUAGUGUUCGACCUUCGAGUUUUGUACCCCACCCCUGAGAUUCCAGGAUCUGAGUUGAGUUUUGAGGAAGUCCUAUUGGCGAGGGCUGGAUGGUUGGAUGAAAGGCCCGAGACCCCUGUGGAAAGAAUGGUGCCUCUGAGGGACGAAAACCGUCCUUCGCCUGUGCCCUCUCAAGUUGACCUCGAGAACGCUCCACAGAAGCUUGUCAUUCAUCGUGACAGGAGACCCUCUCCGGUUGAAAGAAAGGUGCCCCUAAAGGAUGAAAAUAACCAAUCUCCACCCGUAAUCUCACAAGUUGAUCUUCUUGACGAGAAUGCGCCGCAAAAGCUAGUCAUCCAUCGCGACACAAUACCCCUGGAUGAGAAUGGUGCACCCAUCAAGCCAAUUCCCAAAGAAGGGAAACCAAGAAAAAAGAAAGUAAUGGAGGUUAAUGAAACACAAAUAAUCAAGGCGAAGCUGGACUCGCCAUCACGACCAAAGCUGCUCAAGAGGAAAGGUACCUCUGAGCCGACGAUGACCAUGCAUACCCGGGCUGCAACGGACGAUAUUUAUGACAUAUUCAACGCGCCAAUCAAGCCCGCUACUCAGGAAGAAGGCAGUGCAGACGAAGACUACGAUACCGAUGGAGACUAUACCAGCGGAGCAGAGAGUGGAAACACCACGAGAGCGAUUAGUGAAGCAGGGGAUGAAGAUGAAGAUGAAGAUGAAGAAGAAGAAGAAGAAGAAGAAGAAGAAGAAGAAGAAGAUGAUGAUGAUGAUGAUAACGCUGAAGAUGAGGCCAUAGACGCCGAUGACACAGCCGAUGACAAGAGCGUCAGCGAAUGGUCUGACUUUACUGCUCGAAAACAUAUACCUAAUCUGGAUGACAUCGGUGCGGAAGACCAAGAUGUCACUAGGGCAUCCAACUUCACAGAGCAACCCAGCCCGGAACUCAAUCCGGAAGAUGACGAAAACCUGGAACCGGAAACGCCAAUAGAUGAUGACGAUCCUCGAACCAGGACGACCUUUGUCCCCAUCCCACCAGAAGACUAUGUCCCAGAGCGCCGCACAUAUCGCGAUCCUGUCGAGAUGGCUAACAACCGUCUGCCGUUUAUGACGCCCAUCACAGAGCGGACAGAGACUGAUAUCAACAUGGGCUCGGGCGGCGGAAGUCGUUCUGCGUUUACAAAGACGCCUAGUAGGUGUCGGCGUACUUUCCCAACCAGCGAAGACGAAGACGAAGACGAAGACGAAGGGAGUGCUGAGCCCCCCAGCAGUCCUCUACGAGACAUUGUGGAGGAUGAGCCUGCACCGCCGAGGAAGGCGUUGCAGCCGGUUGUGCCCAAGGUUGUGGGAAGGACUGCACUUCAACCAAAGAGCAUACCACCCAAAGGGCCCAUCAUUGCGGAUCUACAAUGCAACCCAGUAGAGGAGUCUGUCAGGGCCGAGAUCCUAUCCAAAGCCAGCCCGGCGCUCACCUCACAACCACGAUACUACGACCACAGGCCUGGCAAAUAUGAAAAGGGCUCCGAGAUCCGCAAGUUCGCCAAGGCUCUCACCAAAGCCAAAGCAAGCGGAGACAAGACAAGCAACCUACCACUACAGCCAACUAUCGAGUUCCCCAGCUGCGAAAUGAAGUAUACAGUCAAAAAGGAGCUCGGGAAGGGCGCCUUUGCCCCUGUCUUCCUGGUAGAGAACUCAGCCCCCGACGCUGCAGACCCUCAGGAUGAAAACGCAAUCGAGAUGGGCAAGGGUGCCUUUGCAACAGCGCACAGCCAACGAAGCCACCUCGAGGCGCUAAAGAUGGAAACUCCCCCUUCGGCCUGGGAAUUCCACAUGAUGCGUCUUGCCCACGACCGCCUGGGCCCGCAGCACCGCGCCGUGGCCUCGCUCUCGGCAGCGCUCGAGUUCCACUUGUACCAGGACGAGGGUUUCCUCAUGCUCCCCUUCCACCCGCACGGCACGCUCCUCGACGUGGUCAACUUCUUCCGCGCCGAGCCCUCGGGCGUCAUGGACGAAACGCUGGCCAUGUUCUUCAGCAUCGAGCUCCUCCGCACCGCCGAGGCCCUGCACUCCAAGGGCCUGCUGCACGGCGACCUCAAGGCCGACAACUGCCUGCUCCGUCUCGACGCGCCCUCGACCGCCUCGGACCCCAGCGCGGGCGCCCAACUCAGCUCGCAGUGGCGCGCCGACGGCAGCGGCGGCUGGUCGUCGCGCGGUGUCACCCUCAUUGACUUUGGCCGCGGGAUCGACAUGCGCGCAUUCCGGCCAGACGUACAGUUCGUCGCCGACUGGAAGACGUCACCCCAGGACUGCGCCGAGAUGCGCGAGGGCAGGCCCUGGACCUGGCAGAUCGACUGUCACGGGCUGGCCGGAACCAUCCACUGCCUCCUGUUUGGAAAGUACAUCGAGACGGUCCGCUGCGACGCCAACAUGCCCGGGACCGGCGGCAGGCGCUACAAGGUCCGCGAGAGCCUCAAGCGCUACUGGCAGACCGACAUCUGGAGCGACUGCUUCGACCUGCUGCUCAACCCGGGGGCGCACAUCGAGGCCGAGGACGGAGCAAAGAUGCCCGUUCUCAGGGGCAUGAAGAACGUCAGAGAGCGAAUGGAGACCUGGCUGGAGGGCAACUGCGAGAGGGGCGUCGGAUUGAAGAGCUUGAUUGGCAAGGUUGAGGUUUGGGCAAAGGGGAGGAAGUGACGGAUGUUUAUGCGUAUUUCCUUUUUGACAUUUUAUACUCGGUGGCACCGUGGCGAGUUUUUCCGUUUCUUUUGGCGUAUUCUUUUCUAUAUUCCCCUGACUAGCGACUAUCCUGAGCUAGUUAGUUUUCAAGGUCUUGCAAAUGACAAUGAUUCCCACAUAACAUUCUCUAGCGAGCUUUAUUGUGCAGCAGAAACAGUUGCACUCCAUAUGUGGAUUGGC